CCUGAAUUUAGCAUCGUGUCCCUUUUAGACGAACGUCAGCUUAUAGGCUUUCUUUUGAAGUUUUGACCAAUAUAUCUACAGUCUACUAUUUUCUGACGUGGACUUCAGGUUCUGGAGACGAUCUGCCUUUAGACCCGCAUCAGGAAACAUAAAACAAAAUGCCUGGACCAGCAGCAAGUGCAACUAAUGUUGGGGCAUCGAGCCGUUCCCCCAGUAAAACAGUGGCUCCUCGGGCUGCAGGCUCAACAGUCAGACAAAGAAAAGCUACCAGCAGCGGAACACGCAGCGGUGGCAGGACCACAGGAUCUGCUGGCACAGGCGGCAUGUGGCGCUUCUACACUGAAGACUCGCCAGGCCUUAAAGUCGGCCCUGUUCCUGUGCUGGUGAUGAGCCUUCUGUUUAUUGCUUCAGUCUUCAUGCUUCACAUCUGGGGGAAGUACACCCGCUCUUAAGCCCCACCGGAAGACAUCUGACCCUGCAUCUCGGUUUCUUAACACGUUGGACCUGGACCAAACAUCAAAUGAACAAAUUUCCUACUUCGUCAUCACUACAACAGUCCGGAUGGAUUUUUGUUUCCCCAUCAGUGCGUAAUCUUAAUCUGGAUCAGACUAUGGUAACCUGAAUGCAACUCCUUGCUAUCAUGGUGUACUUUUACACAUGGUGAGGUUAGUAGGAUGAAGCAUUGAGGACCCACUUAAAACCCCUGAAAUCAUCAUCAUCAUCAGCAGCAUAUAUACUUGCUCCGGCUGCAUGGAGGAUAGUUUUUGUUUUCAGCCCCCUAUAAACAUUUCUCCUCGUAGCCUGAACUGCAUUUUUUUGUUAACAGCAUUUGUACAAAAUUUGAUUGUAAAGUUGUACAAUAAAAAAA